AAUGAACACUACCCUGGUGUUUCUCUGUGUGUAGGACGGGAGCGAUCCACAUCGGAGACAGGAUCCUUGCCAUCAACUGUAACAGUCUGAAGGGUAAACCACUGAGUGAAGCCAUUCACCUGCUGCAGAUGGCUGGAGAGUCUGUCACACUGAAGAUCAAGAAACAGGGAGACUUGGCCAGUCCCAAGCAGCCGUCGGUGUCUGGUCAUCUCAGUGAUGUGAUGCUGAGUGAUGUGGAGGACGAGGCAGGGUUAGGCGGGCUGGGAAACCAGGCAGAGAGCCAGAAACUUGGGAAGCUCUCUGACCUCUACUCCACCACCAUCCCCUCUGUGGACUCAGCCGUGGAGUCCUGGGACGGCUCGGCCAUAGACACCACCUUCAACACCCAGGCCCCAGGUUUCCAGGCGUCUGGCUACAGCUUCCACAGCCAUGAGUGGAGGAACGCCAAGCCCAGCCAGGGCAGCCUGUCCCCGUCAGCACCCGCCAGAGACACAACGUCCUGGCAGACCUGGGCCUCAGCGGCGGCGAAUGGGACAGACCCACCGCCGGCGAAUGCGUUCACUGUGGGUCAUGACGGGACCGAGCCGGACCAGGAAGAGAACUUCUGGUCUCAGGCCCUGGAAGAUCUAGAGACCUGUGGCCAGUCUGGCAUCCUGAGGGAACUGGAGGUAAACAAGGAGCCAAAAUGGCUGAGGGCCAAUUGA